AUGGCGGGACAGCCUUCGCGGCCUGCACGCGAGAGCUGGUCCUGGAAGCGCUAUGAGCGUCCGGGCCUCCUGCAAGAGGAGAUUGAAGAGGUCAAGGAGGCCUUCGACCUCUUCGACGUGGAUGGGACGCAGCGGAUCAAUCCUCGAGACCUUAGGGCUUGUGUGCAAUCGCUCAAUCUGCGACGGAACCAGGUCGUCCAUCACAUCCUGAAUGACUUGGAAAGGCUGGGUGGCAAGCCGCUGGACUUCGGUGCCUUCCUGGACCUGAUGACUGCCAAGAUGGGGGAGCGGGACACGAAGGAGGACGUCUCGAAGGUCUUCCGGCUCUUCGACGACGAUCGGACGGGAAAAAUCUCGCUGCGAAAUCUGUGCCUAAGCUUUCCGAGGAACCCAGCCCGGCCCCAAACUCUAACCCCCAACAUCCCCAAGCCAUCCUAA